GCUCAUUUCGCAAGCUUUGAAAAAUCGAGUGGAAACCUCUGUUCCGUUCCAGCUUGCCAACAAGCAACACGCACAUUGCUAUCGCCAGCAUUCUAUGGCAGCUCCUCUGCUUCUAAGGAGCAUUCCAUACCUCCGCCUCCGACUCCACCACCAGCACCAGGACCAGCACCGGAUAUCCGGUAGUUUAUUCGCGACUCCUUGCCGACUCUGGUGCACUGCUGCCGCACCGACUGGGUCCCACGAGAAUUUAUCUCCUACGGACAGCGCCACCGUAGAUUGGAGCGCCGCGGACCUUCCCAAGAACGCUCGGUGCGAGGACACCGACUACCGCAAGUGGAAAGUCGAGAUCCUCAGAGACAUCGAACCCAUUACUUCUCUCGCCAAAGAUAUUCUCCACUCCGGCAGGUACAUAGAUGGGGAACAUCUAACAGCCGAAGAUAAGAAAAUUGUGGUAGAUAAGCUUCUUGCUUAUCAUCCACAUUCUGAAGAUAAAAUUGGUAGUGGACUUGACUCUAUUAUGGUUGAUCGGCAUCCCACAUUUAAAAGCUCAAGAUGCCUCUUUGUCAUAAGAACUGAUGGCGGAUGGAUAGACUUCUCCUAUCUAAAGUGUAUUCAAGCAUACAUUCGAGAUAAGUACCCAUCCCAUGCAGAAAGGUUCAUUCGUGAACAUUUUAAACGUGGUAGUGGUUAAUGUGUGCUAGUCCUGGGACUGAUGAUUUCUGGGAUCACUAGAGAUGGUCAUGAUAUGUUUACUUGGAUUUUUUUUUUUCUUUCCUUUAUGGAAUGGCGUGGGGUGCGGGCAGAGAACAUUUUGCUUUCAAUGACCAAUAUAAAUGUGUGUAUUUGUAGCUUAGAUCUACAAAUUGUCAACAUAGUAGAUAAUCCUUGACUGGGACUUAAAAAGUUUGUUUUAUAUGCCAAGACACAGAAAAUGAUUGAAGGGAACUGAUUGUUGACUUAC